AGUUAGAGGAGCUGCAGAUGGACACACACCAGCAGGAAGAGACACACACACUGGAAAAGUCAAUCAGAUGACCAGAGAAAGUGUAUAAAAAUUACUUUUAUCUUUUACAUUUUUUUUUUUUAGCUUCAAUCUUUUUGUUAUCUUUUAUUUUCUGUCUUUAUCUGUGAGUCUCCAGUGGGAGGGUUUGUUUGUUGUUUGUUUUUUUGUUUUUUUUGCCCUUUAUCUGUGGGGUGAUACAGUGAACCAUGGAGCUGGAGCACUUAGGCGGCGGAGGAGUUAAACCCGAGAGGGGCAGCAGCCGUCUCUACAAGAUCGCUCUGGCCAUGUGUGUGUGUGUCUGCGCUGCUCUGCUGCUCGCACUCAUACUGGUGUCUCAAAGAUCCAGUCAGGAGGAGUUCUGUCUGACCCCAGAAUGCAUCGAAGCCGCGGGGUCGAUCCUUAGUAAAAUGGACCGCACAGUCAACCCCUGCCAGGACUUCUACACGUUCUCCUGUGGCGGCUGGCUCAAAGAGAACCCCAUCCCUGAAGACUCGUCCUCGUUCGGUAUCUACCCGUGGCUGCGGCAGAACGUCGACGUCAAACUCAAAGAGUUGCUGGAAGCUCCGUCCGACCCCGACGAACUGCAGGCAGUGACCAAAGCUAAGACGCUGUACCGCUCCUGCAUGAAUGAAUCCAAACUGGAGGAGGUGGACUCCAGGCCGCUGCUGAAGACGCUCCGGCAGCCGGAGUUCCGCUGGCCGGCGGUCGGGGACGGGCUGGGCGGGGACUACCAGUGGUCCCAGAGCCAGUGGAACCUCCUGAAGACCCUGGCCGAGUUGAGGAACCUGCACAGUAAAAGCGUCCUGAUCCGCCUGUACGUCUCCCCCGAUGACAAAAACUCCUCCCACUACGUCAUCAAGCUGGACCAGGCGUCUUUGUGUCUGCCCUCCAGAGAAGACUACAUCACCAACACGUCCUCCGCCAAGGCGUACCGUGCAGCCCUGCUCAGCUUGAUGGCGGACGUGGCCGUCAUGCUGGGCGCCCCGGAGAAAGCAGCUCUGACCCAGAUGGAGACAGCUCUCGCCUUCGAGACCAAACUGGCUCAUAUCCUGAUUCCCUAUGAAAACCGCACCAGCGAGAACAUGUACAACAACUACACCAUCGCUCAGCUGCAGCGCCUCAUUCCAGAGUUUGACUGGCUGGGCUUCAUAAAAGCCGUGGUGGACUCUAAAGACGACCCCGCCCGCUCCGUCUCCUCCGGCGAGACGGUCAUCGUCAGAGCGCCGCAGUACUUCAAGGACCUGAUGAAGCUCCUCAACGUGACGGAUCCCAGGACGAUCGCUAACUACGUCCAGUGGAGGAUGGUCUUCUCCAAGGUCACCUCGCUGAGCCGGAGGUUCCUCUACCGAUACCUGGACUACGCUCGGGUGACCACGGGAACCACUUCUCUGACCCCGCGCUGGGACAAGUGUGUGAACUACGUGGAGAACUCGCUUGUUUACGCCACCGGGCGGCUGUUCGUCAACACACACUUCCAGGAGGACAAGAAGCACAUGAUGGAGGAGCUGAUCGACGGCAUCCGCUGGGCGUUCAUCGACAUUCUGGAGAAGGAGAACGACUGGAUGGACCAGCCGACGAAGAUUAGAGCCGUGGAAAAGGCUCACGCCGUCCUGGCGAAGGUCGGCUACCCCGAGUUCAUCCUGAACGACACCUACCUCAACGAAGACCUGAAGCAGCUGGACUUCAGCGAGAAGGAUUACUACGGCAACGUGAUGCAGACGCUCAAGUUCAUCGCCCAAGCCGACCUCUCCUGGCUGAGGAAGAGCGUCCCCCGAACAGAGUGGUUCACCAACCCAACCACCGUCAACGCCUUCUACAGCUCGUCCACGAAUCAGAUCAGGUUUCCUGCUGGAGAGCUUCAGAAACCUUUUUUCUGGGGACUGGAGUAUCCGAGAUCUUUAAGUUAUGGAGCCAUCGGAGUGAUAGUCGGACACGAGCUCACACACGGCUUCGACAAUAACGGCCGUAAGUACGACAAAGACGGGAAUCUUGAUCUCUGGUGGAGCAACUCGUCAAUAACAGCUUUUAAUGAGAAGACGCAGUGCAUGAUUGACCAGUAUAAUGGAUACUACUGGGAGGAGGCGGGGCUAAAUGUUCGAGGGAAAAGGACUCUGUCAGAAAACAUCGCAGACAACGGAGGAAUAAGAGAAGCAUUCAGGGCGUACCGGAGGUGGGUGGAUGAGAGCAGAGGCGGGGAGGAGGAGCCUCUGCUGCCGGGAGUCCAGCUCAACAACAACCAACUGUUUUUCCUCAGCUACGCGCACGUGAGGUGCAACAGCUACAGACCAGAAGCAGCGAGAGAGCAGAUCCAGAGCGGGGCUCACAGUCCUCCAAAGUACAGAGUAAUCGGAGCCAUGAGUAACUACGAGGAGUUCCGGAAAGUCUUCAACUGUCCCGAGUCGUCGCCGAUGAACCGAGGAGCCAAAUCCUGCAGGGUGUGGUGACCUUUGACCUCAAGCCUGGAGCUAAAGUUAGCUGGAGGUUUGUUUGUAUGUCCUGCUGAUGCAGGGGUUUACACUAUGAGGGAGCAACGAGAUGCAGCACACACACACACACACACACACACACACACACACACACACACACACACACACACACACACACGCCAUGACAUUCGAGUGAAAGCAGAACCUUUACGAGAUGUCCCUUUACGGUUUACACACGUGGCGGUAAACACAUCUGUCACGACGGACCACAGUUUGAGGGUUUUGACAGCAGAUCUUCGCGUACUGCACAUGAAUCGAGAUGAACGGAGGAUUUCUAUAUAUCACUGUAAAUAACUGAAGCUUUUCUACUCCUGAAUGAAAUCAACGGCAGGAAUCAGCAGCUGCAUCGUUUCUGCUGAGGCUCGUCUCCUGUACUGAUCAUACACACUGUAAACCAAAGAUCACGUCGUCUUCAAGUCUUUUGUUCUUUCCUUCCUUGUGUCUUUUGAGAUAAUUGUGUUGCAAAUGUUAACCGGUAUCAGGAAUAUAUUUAUAUGUUGUCUGUGGACUCGAGGCCUCUGAUCCGACUCGUGUCAGACGUUGGAAUUCGCCGCUCCGCCUCCAGGCAGAGCGACUCCCAGGACUGAAAGCGUUUGCCGUGCCGUCACACAACACGAGUACAGCGGGAAGCGAUUCCACGCAUCAGUCAGAAGGAUGGAAGCUAGAAAAAAAAAAAAGCAUCUGCUGAAAUGUUGUUUAAUGAUUAAAAGACUCACCUGACUCCAAAACUCAGUGUUUCUGCUUUG